GCAAACCAUAGCUUAAGAUCAUCGUCACAUCACGCGAGACUUUGUGACACACCGAGCUCUCGCGAUAGUUUGCGGUGUUACUGCAGAAAACAUGGCGGACAGACUAACACAACUACAAGAUGCUGUCAACUCGCUUGCAGAUCAGUUUUGCAAUGCCAUCGGUGUCCUGCAGCAAUGUGCUCCUCCUGCCUCCUUCAGUAACAUCCAGACAGCCAUCAACAGAGAUCAGCCUGCAAACCCAACAGAAGAAUAUGCUCAGCUGUUUGCUGCCCUGAUUGCCAGAACAGCCAAGGAUGUAGACGUACUCAUCGACUCUCUGCCCAGCGAGGAGUCCACAGCAGCCCUGCAGGCGGCCAGUCUGCGGCAGCUUGAAGAGGAGAACCACGACGCAGCCGCUCGUCUGGAGGAGGUGGUGUUUCGCGGAGAUAUGCUGCUGGAGAAGAUCCAGAGCGCCCUGGCCGACAUCGCCCAGUCUCAGCUCCGCACCCGCAAUGGAGCACCGGCCCAGGCGUCACCUACCGAAUCCUGAUCCACAACGAUUCAUACACCCUAGUUCUGGACUCUUUCAGCCUUUAUGCUCUUUACUUUAAUCCUCAGACAUCACCUGCAAGUCCCAAAACUUAAACCAUACAGCGGUACAGUUAAGCAAUGUAACUCUGUUUCUGUAUUGUUGUCUCACAGCAUCCUCUGGUCUCUAAGCAAACACAGGCAUGAAGGGGAAGUAUACUGUACCCCUGCAGGAAAAGAGCUCAAAAAGAUGUCUUCACAUACACUGUCCUGUUUGUGGAACUUUCUACUGACACAGAAAGUCAACACUCAUGUUUUUUUAUGUCCUUUGUACAGUAUUUCUUGUAAAUUGAAUCCUCCUGCUUUUGUAAGUAUUUAAGUAUGAAUUAAAUCCUCAUUUGGAGUAUCUUCAUCCUCACAGUUCACUGUAACUCUGUUUUUAAUAAGUCUUUCUAAUAAAGCUUGAACAAACUUC